CACCAACUUCCCCUGUCGGCCACCAUCCUCAGCGGUUGAGCGCACGUCGUCGUCGGAGUGUUCCUCUACGGGAUUGCGUCGACAACGCAAGUUCUGAUAUUCAUACUCGUGACAUCGCCGCGCGGUAAAUCCAUUCACCUUUGCCGGCAAGCGUUACUUACCUGUUCGGCGCUUUCCUAGUGACAGUAAGCUGGUUCCGUUUUGGAUUCAUCGCUGUGAUUCGGGAACUUUUGUGAUUUUUUUUUUGUGUUCCGAAAUUUUGGAUUUUUUUGUUUGGAUUUUCUUAUUUUCGUCGGAGGUGUUGGAGGCAUUUCCACUGCGAAAGGUCGUUCAGAUUUCGUUUUCGUUCGACUUCAAAUCAUGGAUUAGAGCUGAGUUCCAGCCAUGCCAACCAAAAUGCAGAUGGAAUACGGAACUUACACCAACAUAUCCCCCCUCAGCCAACGGAUAUCAUCCCUCUCCCUAUCUUCCAAAGAAAUAGACAGUCAACACUACGCCACAAACCACAGGUAUUCACAUGACCCUUACAGAGAAUUCAUCUACAAAAAUAGCCAAGAAAGGCGAAGACUAUCCUCUACUGGCGAAGGCAGUGGAGAUUCUAGUACAACCACGUCUGGCAGCAGCAGUUACGGUGAAAAAGAAGACGGGAGUGAGGGGAGAACUGAAAGUGAAGAAACUGACGAGAGGGAAGAAGAAAGGAAGCCUCUGGAAGGCCAUAUAACCCUUGUGGAAAGACAGAAGGUUGAAGCAUUUUUCAAAGGCUUGAAAACAGAGGUGUACGUCAGUGAAUCUCUCGCCAACCUGUACACGAAGAAACCCCUGGACGCCGACUGGCAAUUAAAAUACACGGGCAUCCCCGUCGUGAUCUUGGACAUUGGAGAAUCGCGAGCCAGGGACAAGCGGAAAAUCCAGAUAGCUCUGGCGGAACGGGGGACCAGUUUCAUGCUCUGGAGCGACACAAUCGACAACUUGUCCGAUUACAAAGUAUCGGCCAAGUCGUUCCACACCAUGUGCUAUUCCCAGGAUCAUUCCAUGCAAGUUGGAUUCAGUUUUGAUACGGCCCCUGCCGCCCACGACCUAUGGACGCAUAUCGAGAAUCUGACUGCGUGUCCGGAAAAUAUAUCCCUGUCCAUGCCGGGGAAGAAGAAAAAGAAGGAUAAAAAGAAGAAGCACAAGCCAGAGCCGUUACCGCCAAAAACACACAUAUCGACUCCAUGUUUUUUCAACCACAUAACCUCUGUGGACGUUGUUGAUGCAAGAAGAUACUACUCCCUGAAGGAAUACCUACCCAAUGCUACAGAACUCAAUUCCAGAAUUCAUGAAGUGGAAGAAAUUUGAAUUUCGACCAUUUCUCUGGAAGAAAUUAUCGAAAGUAUUCAAUUUGAAGUUCUCUCUUCAUCUGUAUAAUAUUUCAGACAUAGAGGACUCAUUUCUAUUUUAUUUUUGUAUUAAUUUCACAUUCGUAGAAAUGUUUUGUUCUGUUAUUUUUAUGCCAUAAUUUUUUAUGGAAUUUCUUUUACCUUCAAGUGAGAGUGUAUUGACUGAAAUAACUUAAGGUAUUAUCAUUUCCUCUUAAGAUACUUUUAGUGUAGAUAUAUGUUACGCUUUUUUAUGAAUAUUGAUUUGACCAUCCAGUUUUCUUGUGAGAAUAAUUUGUAUGAAAACUAAAACGAAAUAUUUAUAUUAUUCAUACAGAAUGCUUGAUCAGAACUGAAAAUCUCUCAAAUUUCUGGUUGUUCCGACUCUUAAUUGGUUUAGCAUUUUGGUUGAUGAGAUUUUCACAACAGUUUGAAAACCCAAAUCUUUCCCAAUUAUUCAUGUGCAAAGAUGUAAUUAUAAAUUAAUCUGUGAUAUAAUUCAAUAUCAAUUAUCGAAGCAUUAUAAGUUAAACUUUCAUGUUCUGAUUCUAAUGUAAAUAGAAAUAUUACUUUUAUCAUCAUGGAAAUAUAUGUAGUGUUCCA